UAUCUGUCCACACAAACCAUCGGAUCUUUUCUGUUCUAAUCAAUCCUUUUGAUUAUUCAUCACCACAAACCACAACGAUUAAAUGAUAAAAGAGGAUUUACUAUAUUUUCCCGAACUGGUUAAGCCAGGCGAUAGCUAUGCAAUGUUCACAGUAACACAACUUGAUCUAUCAACAACGUUACACGAUUUCGAUCAAGGAAAAUACGCGUACACCAAUGGCGAUUACAAUGAAGCCGUAGCUUUUUACACCCAGGUCAUCGAUAACCUGCGCACUAAUUUGGCUGCUGCACUUUGCCAUCGUGCUGCAGCAUACGAAAUGCAAAAUCAGUAUGAAUUGGCGUUCGAGGACAGCAAGCUGGACAAUGCAAUCGAUGAUUACGCCUGCCCUGACGCAUACUUGAUUGCUGCAAGUGCUCAAUAUCUACAAGGCGAUGUUUGUAGGGCAGCAAGGAUAUAUAAACAUGGGUCCGCCGCAGUAGCAUCAUUGAUACCUUCAACAUCAGCACACCCUGCUAUUUGUGACGAAAUGCUUGCGAAACACGAUCAAAUUAUGGCAGCUGUCGACAAACGCAAUGGAUGGAUGACGCGCCUUUUACCGUCCGAAGUGAUUUCCAAUAUUUUGAACCAAUUAUCGAUAGACGAUCGAUUUCGACUAGCAUGGACCUCUCAUUUCUGGCUCAACUACAUUAUCAACUGGCCUUAUUUGCUACGAGUAAUCAGCAAGAACCAAAAAGUCUUUGGUGCACUUGAACGAACGAAAAAGUUGCUUCAGAGCAUCCCGGAUCGUCGUAACCAGGGAAAGGAAAUUGAACUAUGUUUCGCGGGAGGAAAUGGAGAGAACAUAUUCCACGCCUUGGUUGCAGAAAAAUGGAGUGGAAUUGAAACUUUAGAAUUGGAAAGACACAACAUGAAUUGUUUUGUUGAAACCAAUGUGCGACUAUGGGACUUGGAUUUGAGGGACUUAACCACUUUAAAACUUUUCAGCGAACCCGAGAACAAAUUCAACAAUGCAAUCUUCCCAUCUAUCGUCAGUUUUUGUCCCAAACUGAAAAACGUUAUCCAUCAAUUCUUUACGGAUUGUACUGUUAUCAACCUUGACAAGAUCCCCUCAGCGUUGCCCGACUCAUCCCUUCAACUCACAUCCUUGCAUUGGAACGACUUCGUGCGUAUCACUGACUUUCGCAACUUGUUGAAUCGUUUUACUGCGCUAAAGGUGUUAGUUAUCACUCGGGAAUUUUUGGAAGAGCGGGCAAAAGCACUCAUGGUGGUCAACGCGACUUGUCCUGUGCUCGAGUCAUUUGUAUACAAGGACAAGAUCAAAAAAUAUGUCGAGGAUUUUUGCACGGUGUAUACUGAACCAUCCGCAUCCCCACAUCAAGGCCUAACAAAACUCGUUCUGACAAACGAGCAGCGUGACGACUACGAAAAGGAUAUAAAUAUUGACGAACAAUUGCUCGUGUUUCUAGAGAAGCAUAACGAAACAUUAGAAAUAUUGGAAGUGGCUCAAGAGCUGCUGGAACCCGGCGUUUAUACCUCACUGGAACGACUUGCGCAAAUCGGCGUCCCUAAUUUACGCAUCCUCAGGCUUACGUCGAUUAAUGGGUGCUCUCUUAGUUCGCAAAUACUGUCAAACCUUAUACGUGCUUGUCCGUCGCUUCAAGUUGCAAGCAUAACUGGCGUAGGCGUCUUGGACGACCGCGUUCUACGUGCACUCGGGACAGCAGCAACGAGGCAGUUACAACAGCUCAAUAUUUACAUUCGUCACUAUGUUCCUAGCGCUGACGAAGAAGAAAAUAUAGAAGAAGACGAUGAUGGCGUUAUUGCGACAUCGGAAAUACCAGCACAAGGAGCAGGAGUAGUCUCCAGCAUGUAUAAUCAGGAAAGGUUGCGAUAUACUACUGACGGAAUAAAAGCCCUGUUCAACCGCAAUACCCGGAUACACGAGUUCACUAUCGGCUACGACUCUACCAGCAGCGAAGCUCGUAACGAUGUACUUUUAUUGGAUAUAGUGAAGUAUAUCAACAGCACCAACGUACGCAGUCUCAAUCUGCGCCGGUUUCCCUUGAAUGAAGGUCUUUUGUAUACCGUUCUGAAGGGAUUGUUAAAUUCUCAAGUACGGACGCUCCAAAUAGGCGUGGACUGUAUGAUUCAAGACCAUCAUAUCGACGUGCUUGCUUCUAUGAAGCAUUUGACGCAUUUAAUUGUUUACAAUCCAUCGCGCUCUAUUACUAAGGAUACGCUGUGCAAGUUGUUUAAUAAGUGGCAUAAAAGGCGGUUAUUGGUUGUCAGGGUCGACUAUGAAGGAAAAGAGUCUAUAAGUGGCUGUAAACGGGAUUCAGCCACGAUUCCAAAAGAUAGUGACGAUCAUCCACAUGUUCAAUACUUGAUCCAAUCAGUAAAGCAUCAUUAAAAUACAAAGAGGUAUCUAUGCUUAUUUUACCAAACGUCCAAAGAUAAAUCAUUAUGCGCAAUGAGCCGGAUGCAGUAUGCUUUGUACAUUUAGCAGCCAGUUCUUGACGCAAUAAAAGUAUCCCAAGUAGUAGCAUGGCUGGUUAAUAACGGACGAAACCAUUCUUCAGCGUUACCUUGAUCAUAUAAGGGCGAUUACACAGUAAGGGCGCGAUCCGGAUCUACGGCUUUAACAACUCCUGCAAGAGCAGCUUUUUGGCCAGACACUCACGCAACGCACAAUUCUUGAGCUCAAAGUCUACUGGACAUGACCUGGAUUCCGAAUAUCUGCUUACGGUGUGGUUUU